GAAAAGGUAAAAAGAUAUUUUUCCCAAAUUUGGCUCCAUCUCCGCAGGAAUACCACUCUGAGACUCAGACCCAGUUUCUCUCUGCUACCAAAAACCAUAGCUUUCAUGUGCCCUAUUUUCUCUCUUCUUACUCUGAAUGCGCCUCACUAUUUUAAGUCCUUGUUCUGUUCACCCUCUGCAAAUCAGGGUCUCUGGUUUUCGUUCUGUCGGUCGGUUUGGGAAUUUUGAGUUUCUUUGAGUUUUUGUGUUAAGGAUGUUGAAAAUGGAGAAUCCUGAUUCGGAGAUCAAAGAGAGCGUACCGUGCGAUUUCUGUAGCGAACAGGUUGCGGUUCUCUAUUGCAGAGCUGACACGGCGAAGCUUUGUUUGUUUUGUGACCAGCACGUGCACUCGGCGAAUUUGUUAUCCCGGAAGCACAUCCGUUCGCAGAUCUGUGAUAAUUGUGGUGUGGAGCCAGUUUCCGUCCGGUGUGCAACGGAAAGUCUGGUUCUUUGCCAAGAGUGCGAUUUCGAUGCGCAUGGUAGCUGCUCUGUGUCGGCAUCGCAUGUUCGAACUCCAAUUGAAGGCUUCUCGGGAUGCCCUUCGGCGAUGGACCUGGCGUCUUUGUGGGGAGUCGAUCUUGAGGGGAAAAAAAUAGAUCAAUCGUCUGGGUUUUCUCAUGAUUGGAAUCGUGAGAUGCAGGAUUUAGUCAUGCCUGUGGAGUUUUACAAAUCUAGUUGCGGUGGAGUAGGUUUUUCUGAUUCAAUGGUUCCAAAUGAGAACGCGGCGAUUUAUGGCUCAAUGAAUGGGGGAGAGGCCGUUACGGUGACCAAGCGCCAGCAGAAUCCGAGUUGUGGGAAAAACAAGCAGUCGAUAUGUAAGCAGCUGUUGGAGCUGUUUAAGACGGAAGUAAUGGGGGGCAAUGGAGGGGGAGGCGACGACGGUGGUGACGGUGGAGGAGGAGAGAACUUGGUACCGGUCCUGCCGGAGACAACAAAUGGGAUCCCCUGGCAGGGGAAUGGGGAGGCUAUUGGUGCAGCAAAUAGGAGCGAUGGGGUCGCGGCUGCAGCAGCUGCUGUUACUCAAGAAUACUUGCAACGGCAGCAACAGCAGGGAGCAGAGUUUACCUCCUUGCUAAUGCUGCCAUCCCUGGAAGAUUUCAAUGAAAGGGAUCGCCUUGGUGAUGGGGGUAUGCUAUGGGAUAAUAAUCCCAGUAGUCAGGGCACGCAGAUAUGGGAUUUCCAUUUAGGACAAUCGAGGAGUCAUGAAGAAUAUAACCAACCAGAAGAUGUAUAUGGUACAAGUGAUGACAGAUUCGUGAUCGAGAACUUUGUUGAACUUAUGAAAGAAACAUCCACGAUUAAUGUGAGGAUGUCCAGAAAUUCGUACAAGUUGAAUUGUCAUAUGGCUCAUGAUGACGCGACAUCUUACAAUAAUAUUUUGAAUAAUCCUACAACUAGCCAAGGGCCGGCGACUUCUGAGAGCAACAAUCUACCUAUCGGAAUUCCAUCGUCAUUUGGUAAAUCACAAGGCUCUGGUGACUGGAAUGAUAUCCAGAUUACGGAACAGUCGUUUCUUCUUGGAAGUGAUUCCAUAAAAGCAGCAGCUGCCGCAAGCAAAGCUGAUAUAGAGCUUCUGGCACAGAACAGAGGCAAUGCCAUGCAACGUUACAAGGAAAAGAAAAAGAACCGAAGAUAUGAUAAUCACAUUCGGUACGAGUCGAGAAAAGCAAGAGCUGACACUAGAAAGCGAGUAAAAGGUCGAUUUGUGAAGGCUGGUGAAGCUCCUGAUUGUUAAUCCAUGCUUAGACAUGGACUUUGUUUUUGUUGUAAAAAAUUCUUACAUGCGUUCACACGAAAUGUAGAAUUUUUCUUAAAAAAAUUUAGCAGUUGGUUUUACCCUCUCAUCGUUAAAAACUCAUGAUAAA